AGUUCCAGUUGUAAUUGCAAUAAAGGACUCUUUUUUGUUUUGUUUUCACCCUACAGGUGGUUGCUGAAGGUUCUGCUGUGGCUUUUCCCGCCCUUUUCUCCGUCACCACCGCAGUGGCGGGAAGCGCCCCCCCGGCAGCUGAUUGGACGAUGGGCGGGUGCCUCAGCAGCGAAUUGGACACCGCGCUGUCAAUCAGCACCAGACCCCGCCCCCGAGGUCGCUAUGACAACGGGACGCUGAGGGGAGGGGUCCAUCUCCAGGGCUUGAUGUGAAUUCCUGGCCGCUCCAUAAAAAGACUCAGCCAUGGCACGCAAAGCCAAAAAACCCAAGGGUGGCAAAAAAAAAAGUUCCAAAAAGGGCGUACAGAAGCCUGUGUACCACGUGGAUCUCUUCAGCCCAGCUGCCAUGCUCAACGCUUACUACAUCUCUCACAACGCUGCCGCCUUCCUGGAAUUCCGGGGCCAUCCCUGGCCCGGCUCUCUCAAAAAGAAGGGGAAGAAAAAGAAGUGAGAACCAAAGUGCCUGGUGUAGACUGUGCUGUGAUAAAACCCGCCCUGGCCUCGGCAGUGCCCAGCCCCAAUGGCAGUGUCCCCUGCUCGCUGCUGUGUCCACACAAAGACACUUUGACUGCAGCUCACACACAGUGACAAGUGGCAGGGGACGCUGUGCCAUUGUCACUUCAGCCGUGGCCCUUCACCCUGUGGGUCUGUGUGGAGGGCAGGGCUGUGCUGGGGCUGGAUUCACCCACCCUGUGCCACUCCUUAGGGAUGGGACCAGUCCCUGAGACCUGCCUGAG